AUGACAUCUUUAUUGCGGCAGAUUGUCGCCGGGCCUCGAGCCAAACAUGCUGAGACGGGCUUGGACCUGUGCUAUGUCACGGACAACAUCAUCGCGACAUCCGGCCCCUCCCAGACUUACCCCCAGCGCGCCUACCGAAAUCCUCUCGAUCGGCUCGUUGCCUUCCUCGACGCCAAGCACGGCGAAAACUGGGCCAUUUGGGAAUUCCGCGCCGAGGGAACAGGAUACCCCGACGAAGCUGUCUACGGACGAAUACGCCACUACCCAUGGCCGGACCACCACCCGCCGCCCUUCCGGCUCGUGCCGAUGAUCAUGGCCAGCAUGCGCAACUGGCUUGGCGGUGGAGAGCUGGAUGGCGGCGUGGUGACGGAGGAGAAAGAUGGCCACGCCACGAAGCAAGACGGAGAAGCCGACAAAGAUAAGGACAAGAAUUGGAAGGAGAGGUUGAAGGCAGUUGCCGGCGUCGACAGUGGGAAGCGUGUUGUGGUGGUCCACUGCAAGGCAGGCAAGGGCCGGUCGGGCAGCAUGGCGACUAGCUAUCUGAUCUCCGAGUGCGGAUGGUCGCCCGAGGAUGCCCUGGCACGAUUCACCGAGCGGCGAAUGCGGCCCAAGUUCGGCGCCGGCGUCUCCAUCCCGUCCCAGCUUCGCUGGAUCAGCUACGUUGACAGGUGGACGAGGGGCGGGAAGAAGUAUGUGGACCGUGAGAUCGAGAUACUCGAGGUGCAUGCCUGGGGGUUGCGACACGGCGUCAAGGUCAGCGUCGAGGGCUUUGUCGAUGAGGGAAAGAAGAUCAAGGUCUUUCAUACGUUCAAAAAGGAGGAACGGCUCAUCAUCGAGGGGGAAGCUCCCGGUGGAGGCGGCAUGAUGGACUUUCUUGGUGAUGCGCUGAGCCCAACCAAAGAUGACGACGAGAUCGUUGAGGAGGCAGACUUUGGGCAGAUCACCGACACGGGCGGUUCCGGCGCUUCAAGUCCCAAGAGUACGACCUCACUCCCAGCUAGGAGCAAGUCAAAGUCACUCAAAGGAUCUCGGACAAGUCUCAUUCGAAGAGCAUCCAAGUCCGGCUCAAGUAGCAGCCUCAAGAAGCUCGGCGACAGGAAAAGUAAGACCAUCGAUGCAGCCGAUGCGGCCACAUCCUCGCCAUCGUCGGCAACAUCGUCACCGCCUGAUGCGUCAAAUCUUAGCCUAUCCGACCCAAAGACACAGUCGCAGUCCUCUCUGUCACACUCUGCUACCUUUGCCGACCAGAACGAACCCGGCGGCAUGGCCGUCAUCUUCAAGCCCGAACAGCCCAUCCGUAUCCCGAACAGCGACAUUAACAUUUGCGUGGAGAGAAGGAAUCGAGCACGUGCAUCGAUGGGCUUGACCAUGGUGACGGCCGUCGCGCAUGUCUGGUUCAACACGUAUUUCGAGGGCAAUGGUCCGGAACAAGAUGGCAAGGCUGAUGAUUCUGGCGUCUUUGAGAUCGAAUGGGAGAGGAUGGACGGCAUCAAGGGAAGCAGCCGCAAAGGGACUCGUGCCGCCGACCGGAUCAGCAUAGUCUGGAGAGCGGUGGGCGCUGGAGAAAAGGGUGUUGAAGGUGCGGCUGUGGAGGAUGGCAAGGUGGUCAUCACGGAGCCAGGUGAGGGCGAACCAGUACCUCAGAUGCAAGCAGCAGACUGGAAAGGGAACAAUGAGGAGGACCCCGAGGCCCAGAAGCACCUGGGUCUCCGAACGGAAGAUCCGGAGAGUGCUAGUGUCAGUAAGGCAAGCAGCAUCAAAAGUCAGGAUGCAGGCCAGUCAGAAGAGGAGGCGAGAGACGACGAUUCUAUGAAAGGCGUCAAGACAAGCGGACCAAGUGGCGAGGAGGUGGUCGAGGAUGUGCAAGGGAGUAAGGGCCGUGCCGCAUCCGAUCACCAGCUCAAAGUCGAAGCAACUCAGGGUACCACAGACGAUCCUGAGGCGGCAGCGAGGGGGCGUACCUCGUGA